AUGUCGCUGCUGCGUCCCACGGCAACGUCGCAUGCAUCAUCCUCUAUGAUGGCCACACCUCGCGCAGCUGCGACGUUGAUGGCUGGCGCGGCGCCGUACGACUACACGCUCCUCACCCUGCAGCCGACGUACACAAUCCAUGACUGGCCGGCCACGCAGCGAAUCAUGGACGAGUACGUCGCGGAGACCAAGGCGGAGAGGGGCCUCACCUUCUGCGGCUACAGCACGACCCGCUCGAGGCGCGACAGCACCGUCGUUGGCGAUUUUGCGGAAGAGCCAGGGGACAAGCUCUUCUGUCGCGACGCCUUUCCCGACGCAGGCGGCCGACUCCCACUGCCGCACGCCUCCGCCACCCACUUCACGCCGCUGCACGCUUCCACAGCACCCGCAUUCCCGUCAGAUUCGCUGCUCGCGCACCUGUCGAACGUGGAGCCGCAGCGGUCCGCGCUGCUGCAGGGGCCCGCCUCCCUCGACGGCAUCGAACUGCACGGCCCCGCCGCCGAGCUGCGCAAGUGCGAGGACGCGCCCGCCCUGCAGGGUGCGAGGCUGUUUGAGGUCGACUGCGGGCUGAGCCGGCUCGAGAAGGAGAGCGGCGGCAUGCCGCUGCCGCUCCAGCUGGUCAGUCUGCACACCUCCUUCUCCCUCGCCGACGCCGACGCCGCGCGCGCCAUCUGCAAGGAGAUUGUCGCCACGACCGCCGGCGAGGAGAACUGCAUCUAUCACGGCUGGACCGUCUGCGGCGACACACUCACGUGCCGCGAGGCGUACGGGAGCGCGGUGGGGCUGGCGCGGCACUGCGAGGGCGUCGCCGCCUCGAUAGAGAGGCUGCUCGACGGCCCGGCCACGCUGCGGGAGGGGCAGCUCCACGCGUCGCUCUCGCAGCUCCCCGUCCUAGCGGAGUUCGUCGAGGAGAGGCGGCGCGAGACGGGCUACUGCAGCCGCGAGACGCAGCGCUUCUUCGCGGCCGAGGGUGGCUUCUCGAGGUACGAGGUCCAGCAGUCCAUGUUCGGCUUCUUCCUCCGUCGCUGA